AUGUUCCCUACAUCUCUGCUGCUGCUCCUGCUGGCUGCUGCCUCCUGUGAGUCUCUUGGGAUUUGGGGGAAGGAAUGGGUUGAUGAUCAAUAAAAUAUAUUUUUAACAUUAGCCUUAACACUCAUACUAAUUACCAUAUGACUAAUUAUGUUUUUUCCCCCAUAGAAAGCAAUGGAGUGGAUCUCCCAUACAUGCGAUAAUGGAGAUAUCUACAAAAAUUAUGCACUGAAAAACAAGUUCAGUAUUUCAAGAGAUGCCUCCAGCAACUCUGUGUCUUUCCAAGGGCAGAGCCUGCAACCUGAAGAAACAGCUGUGUAUUACUGUGCUCGCUACCCUCCACAGUGAUACAAACCAGCACCAGACCUGUAUAAAUACCCAUGUACCCAUUGGAGAAUGGUGCAAGCACAACACCAAGAUAUCAAGAUAUUUCAGAUUAAUGCUCAUUCUCAAAAACGGUUAAAUUAUAAUUUGAUAAAUUAACCUUACAAAAAUCGUUAAAACAAUACAUCAUUAAUAGCUUUAAAGAAAUGUAAACCCAAAUAAAAAUGCUGAACGUUGUGUUCCCGUGUUGUUGAUCUUCAACAUAUCAUACUAAAGCCAUUAUUUAUAGUCAACACAUCCUACUAAAGCCAUUAUAUAUAGUCAACACAUCCUACUAAAGCCAUUAUAUAUAGUCAACACAUCCUACCAAAGCCAUUAUAUAUAGUCAACACAUCAUACUAAAGCCAUUAUAUAUAGUCAACACAUCAUACUACAGCCAUAAUAUAUAGUCAACACAUUAUACUAAAGCCAUUAUAUAUAGUCAACACAUUAUACUAAAGCCAUAAUAUAUAGUCAAAACAUCAUACUAAAGCUAUUAUAUAUAGUCAACACAUCAUACUAAAGCCAUUAUAUAGUUGAAGUCGGAAGUUUACAUACACCUUAGCCAAAUACAUUUAAACUCAGUUUUUCACAAUUCCUGACAUUUAAUCCUAGUAAAAAUUCAAUGUCUUAGGUCAGUUAGGAUCACCACUUUAUUUUAAGUGGUGAAAUGUCAGAAUAAUAGUAGAGAGAAUUAUUUAUUUCAGCUUUUAUUUAUUUCAUCACAUUCCCGGUGGGUCAGAAAUGUAUAUACACUCAAUUAGUAUUUGGUAGCAUUGUCUUUAAAUUGUUUAACUUGGAUCAAAUGUUUCAGGUAGCCUUCCACAAGCUUCCCACAAUAAGUUGGGUGAAUUUUGGCCCAUUUCUCCUGACAGAGCUGGUGUAACUGAGUCAGGUUUGUAGGCCUCCUUGCUCGCACACGCUUGUUCAGUUCUGCCCACAAAUGUUCUAUAGGAUUGAGGUCAGGACUUUGUGAUGGCCACUCAAAUACCUUGACUUUGUUGUCCUUAAGCCAUUUUCCCACAACUUUGGAAGUAUGCUUGGGGUCAUUGUCCAUUUGGAAGACCCAUUUGCGACCAAGCUUUAACUUCCUGACUGAUGUCUUGAGAUGUUGUUUCAAUAUAUCCACAUAAUUUUCCUUCCUCAUGAUGCCAUCUAUUUUGUGAAGUGCACCAGACCCUCCUGCAGCAAAGCACCUCCACAGCAUAAUGCUGCCACCACUGUGCUUCACUUUUGGGAUGGUGUUCUUCGGCUUGCAAGUGACCCCCUUUUUCCUCCAAACAUAACGAUGGUCAUUAUGGCCAAAUAGUUCUAUUUUUGUUUCAUUAGACCAGAGGACAUUUCUCCAAAAUGUAUGAUAUUUGUCCCCAUGUGCAGUUGCAAACCGUAGUCUGGCUUUUUUAUUGCGGUUUGGGUGCAGUGGCUUCUUCCUUGCUGAGCGGCCUUUCAGGUUAUGUCGAUAUAGGAUUCGUUUUACUGUGGAUAUAGAUACUUUUGUACCUGUUUCCUCCAGCAUUUUCGCAAGGUCCUUUGCUAUUGUUCUGGGAUUGAUUUGCACAUUCACACCAAAGUACGUUAAUCUCUAGGAGACAGAACGUGUCUCCUUCCUGAGCGAUAUGGCGGCUGCGUGGUCCCAUGGUAUUUAUACUUGCGUACUAUUGUUUGUACAGAUGAACGUGGCACCUUCAGGCGUUUGGAAAUUGCUCCCAAGGAUGAACCAGACUUGUGGAGGUCUACAAUUUGUUUUCUGAGGACUUGGCUGAUUUCUUUUGAUUUUCCCAAGAUGUCAAGCAAAGAGGCACCGAGUUUGAAGGUAGGCCUUGAAAUACAUCCACGGGUACACCUCCAAUUUACUCAAAGGAUGUCAAUUAGCUUAUCAGAAGCUUCUAAAGCCAUGACAUAAUUUUCUGGAAUUUUCCAAGCUGUUUAAAGUCACAGUAAACUUAGUGCAUGUAAACUUCUGAACCACUGGAAUUGUGAUAUAGUGAAUUAUAAGUGAAAUAAUCUGUCUGUAAACAAUUGUUGGAAAAAUUACUUGUGUCAUGCACAAAGUAGAUGUCCUAACCGAUUUGCCAAAACUAUAGUUUGUUAACAAGAAAUGUGUGGAGUGGUUGAAAAACAAGUUUUAAUGACUCCAACCUAAGUGUAUGUAAACUUCCGACUUCAACACAAUAUAGUCAACACAUCAUACUAAAGCCAUUAUAUAUAGUCAACACAUCAUACUAAAGCCAUUAUAUAUAGUCAACACAUCAUACUAAAGCCAUUAUAUAUAGUGAACACAUCAUACUAAAGCCAUUAUAUAUAGUCAACACAUCAUACUAAAGCCAUUAUAUAUAGUCAACACAUCAUACUAAAGCCAUUAUAUAUAGUCAACACAUCAUACUAAAGCUAUUAUAUAUAGUCAACACAUCAAACUAAAGCGAUUAUAUAUAGUCAACACAUCAUACUAAAGCCAUUAUAUAUAGUCAACACAUCAUACUAAAGCCAUUAUUUAUAGUCAACACAUCAUACUAAAGCCAUUAUAUAUAGUCAACACAUCAUACUAAAGCCAUUACAUAUAGUCAACACAUCAUGCUAAAGCCAUUAUAUAUAGUCAGCACAUCAUACUAAAGCCAUUAUAUGUAGUCAACACGUCUCAUUAGUAAAAUCUGAACUACAGAGAGCAGAGCAAAGGACAGGGAGGAGAGAAUCAACGAAUAGAGCAGAUCUCUCCCUGUCAGGAUAUUUAAGCCUCUAGAGGACGGUCUAUGCAAAGUCUCCCUCCCAUUCAUCCCUUUAUAAUCAGACACAGAUCUGGCCGUCUCAUUGUAGGCUGCUUGGACUGACAUUACAACAUUACAAGUCCUGUACUAACUAACACUGAACAAUGGAGCUUAUGACUGUCUGGAGUUUAGUUGUCAUGGUGAUGUCCAUACACAGUAAGUAAAGCAUUACAUAGUGACUGAAGAAUGUGUGAGUAUCAUGGUUAAACUCAAAAUGUCUGUUAAUACCAGAUCUUCAACUGAGAGUCAACAUUUUUGUUUUGCAGGUGUUUUCUGUGAUGAGAUGGAUCAGUCACUUUCUCGGGUGAAAAGACCUGGAGACACUGUUAAAUUGUCCUGUAAAAUCUCUGGGUUUGAUAUGACAAGCUUCUACAUGCAAUGGAUAAGGCAGAAACCAGGCAAAGUACUGGAGUGGAUUGGGAGAGUUAACUCUGGUUCAACAGAUGCUCCAGUCUACUCAGACUCCCUGAAAGGCCAGUUCACCCUGACUGAGGACGUCUCCACAAGCACACAGUUCUUAGAGGCCAAGAGUCUGAGAUCAGAGGACUCUGCUGUUUAUUAUUGUGCUCGACAGACACACUGACUGGAGCUGGUGAAGCAGCUGUACAGAAACCCCUUAACAUCACGGCUAGGUGGUGUACUACUUCCUCUCUUUGUGUCACAAUAGAAUAGUACUGAGUAUCAUUACUCUAAAUAAUACAUCAACAAUAUCACAAAGCACUACACAAUAAAAGACUCCAGCCUCUAACAUUCAAACUACACAAUCAAACAAUCUCUUGCCCAGUCUGGUCAAGCUUUCUUCUUGUCACACAAACAAGUAAUUAACAAAGUAUUCAGAACAUAUGAAUCUGUUCCCCAUCUCUGAGUUCCCUAUUUAAUCUCUGUGUGAUCUUCCCACCCUGUGAGGAGGAGUCAAUGCAAAACUCUGAGCUCUUCCAUCACUACUUAUCUCACUGCAGAGUAGAGGAGAGGGACUGAAGCUCUGACUAGUAGACUGAGUGAUAGACAUUGACAAUAGUCUAACAUGUUUAACAAAGAUUACAUAAUAGGGCUACUGCUACUGAUUAUAGGACUGUCAGGUAAACACUUUGUUUUUACUUUCAACAGAUGGUUGUGUGUCCUUAAAAGCUUUUCUUCACGUUUUAAAUGCUCUCUUUUUAUCAACAGGUAUUCAUGGUCAGACGCUGACUGAGUCUGGACCUGUGGUUAAAAAGACUGAAGAAUCACACCAACUGACCUGUACAUAUGAUGGAAUCUCAAACGAUAACGCUGCCAUUGGCUGGAUCAGACAGGCUCCUGGGAAAGGACUGGAGUGGGUUGCUUAUAUUUUUGCUCCAAGUGGUAGUACUAUCUCCUACUCCCAGUCUGUUAAGAAUCGGUUCACCAUCUCCAGAGACAACAGCAAACAGCAGGUGUAUCUCCAGAUGAACAGUCUGAAGACUGAAGACUCUGCUGUUUACUAUUGUGCCAGAGACACAGUGACACAGGAGGCUGCAGCACUGUACAAAAACUGAUCAAGCACAUCUCUCACUGGCAGAGUCAAAUGUGAUGUGAGACAGACAAACUAAGGAUCCAGCAUACAUUCCAAGUUUAUUGAAAGCAUUCCAUUCCUCAUCAAGCUCAAUGCAGCUUAAUCCACUCCUCUGGCCAUGUGCUGUUAGUCAGUACACAUAUAUCUUCUUGAUGACAUCUUAUUUACAUUCAGCGGAAUAUCAGCAUAAUCCAAUUCAGAGUUUGAUUUACUGGUACGGAUUAAUGUCCUCACUAAGCAUAAUGAAAUAUAGAAGCAUAAUUGUGGUAGCACACUUUAUCUGUUAACUAAAAACAGUAAUGGGCCUUGUAUAUAUUAUAUCUGUCACGCCCUGGCUCUGGGGACUCUCGUAUGUUGAGCCAGGGUGUUCAUUUGUUUAUGUUCUAGUCGUUGUAGAUCUAUGUUGGCCAGGGUGGCUCCCAAUCAGAGAGGGCUGUAGCUCGUUGUCUCUGAUUGGGAGUCAUACUUAGGUAGCCGUUAGGCAUUCAUUGUUUGUGGUUUCUUGUUCUUAUUUGGUUUGUGUUAAACCGUAGACAUCACGUUAUCGUCUGUUGUUUUGAUCGUGUGAUCAUUCUCUAAAUAAAUAUGUUCACCUUCAACGCUGCGCAUUGGUCCUCCUCCUUAGACGAUCGUGACAGAAGAAACCACCAAAACUGGACCAAGCAGCGUGUCCAGGAGCCAUCGCCAGGGGAAUCGUUAGCAGAUCUCCGUGGCAACCUCGACUGGGUCAAGCCUAGUGAGGAGCAGAGAGGGUGGACUUGGGAACAAUGGAGGAAGAGUCUCGACUGUGUCAAGCCAAAGGAGGAGCAGAAUGGCUGGAGUUGGAAGCAGGAGAGCGAGAGUUGGGCGAGAACGAUAGAGGCCUGGUCCACGGGGAAGAGAGACGCCCAGAAAUUUUUUAGGGGGGGGCUCACGACGUCGGGGCAGCAGGAGGCUGCGAUAGAGCGGUCCAGCGGGUUGGCAGAGGAGGCUGCCAGGUUACGGGGGCCACUGGUCGAAGAGGGGAUGGAAGGUGUAGAGGCACGGCGAGAGGUACUGGUGUGUGUUACCAGUCCGGUCCGGCCCGUUCCAGAUCCCGGUGUAGGGCCAGUGGUGUGUGUCCCCAGUACGGCUCGGCCCGUUCCUGCUCCCCGCACCAAGUCAGUGGUGCGCUUCGUCAGCCCUGCUCGGCCCGUUCCUGCUCCCCGCACCAAGUCAGUGGUGCGCUUCGUCAGCCCGGCUCGGCCCGUUCCUGCACCCCGCACCAAGUCAGUGGUGCGCUUCGUCAGCCCGGCUCGGCCCGUUCCUGCUCCCCGCACCAAGUCAGUGGUGCGCUUCGUCAGCCCGGCUCGGCCCGUUCCUGCUCCCCGCACCAAGUCAGUGGUGCGCUUCGUCAGCCCGGCUCGGCCCGUUACUGCUCCCCGCACCAAGUCAGUGGUGCGCUUCGUCAGCCCGGCUCGGCCCGUUCCUGCUCCCCGCACCAAGUCAGUGGUGCGCUUCGUCAGCCCGGCUCGGCCCGUUCCUGCUCCCCGCACCAAGUCAGUGGUGCGCUUCGUCAGCCCGGCUCGGCCCGUUCCUGCUCCCCGCACCAAGUCAGUGGUGUGCUUCGUCAGCCCAGUCCGGCCUGUCCCUGCUCCACGCACCAAGCCUACGGUGUGCGUCGUCAGCCUGGUAAGGCCCGUUCCACCUCCACGCACCAAGCCAGGGGUGCGCGUCGUCAGUCCAGCACAACCCGUGCCUGGGUCACCGGUGCCUGGUAAGGUCCCGGUCAACUGCUCCACUACGGAGCUGAAGCUAUCCGCUCCACCAGUGUGCAGUCCAGCUCCGUUCAGCAGGGCCAGACCGGACCAGGGGUACUUUGGGGGUUUGGAGAAGGAGUGGGGGUCAUGUCCGGAGCCGGAUCCGCCGCCGAGGCGGAGUGCCCACCCGGUCCCUCCCCUGUUGUGUUUGGUUGGCGCGGUCGGAGUCCGCGCCUUUGGGGGGGGGUACUGUCACGCCCUGGCUCUGGGGACUCUCGUAUGUUGAGCCAGGGUGUUCAUUUGUUUAUGUUCUAGUCGUUGUAGAUCUAUGUUGGCCAGGGUGGCUCCCAAUCAGAGAGGGCUGUUGUCUCUGAUUGGGAGUCAUACUUAGGUAGCCGUUAGGCAUUCAUUGUUUGUGAUUUCUUGUUCUUAUUUGGUUUGUGUUAAUCCGUAGACAUCACGUUAUCGUCUGUUGUUUUGAUCGUGUGAUCAUUCUCUAAAUAAAUAUGUUCACCUUCAACGCUGCGCAUUGGUCCUCCUCCUUAGACGAUCGUGACAAUAUCUUUGGGGGACACCAAUAGUUAGAUUCUCACCAUCUGUGCCUUCUGUGCAGUUCUCAAAGCAUCAAUGAUAAUGAUAAUAAUAACAUACUGUAAACAAUGAGCAGAACAGAACCAUUCAUAAUGCAAGUCAAUGCAUCCUAUAACAGAUAAUUGUAUUAUUAUGAUAAAUAACUGUUCUCCUCAACAUGUCACUGUGAUAUUAGUAUUUUAUAUAACUGUACUUCUCCUUUAAUCCUAAAUCUCAGACUUUGAUUCAAAGCAAUUCCCCUGUUUUUAUAUAAAAAGGAGUCCCUCUCUCGUUCACUCAGAUGGAGUGAAUAAGUAUCAGUUCAGCUUCCUCACAAACCAUGUUCCCUCCAUAUCUGCUGCUGUUGCUGCUGCGGGCAGCUCCCUUUCAGGCAUUAGGUGAUUUAAUGCAAAACAUAGGAUGCUAUUUCUUGAAGAAAUAUUACUAUAACAUAAUCAAACUGUAUCAAUGUAUCAUGUAUCUAAUGUUAGACCAUUUCCAAACAUCUAGAUUCCCCCCCCCCCCCCCCCCCCCCCCCCCACAGGUGUGCAAGGUAUUGUUGACCAAGAUCUCACCCAGCCAAGCUAAAUGGUUGUAA